UUGUCACAACUUAAUGAUUCUCACAUCGAGUCCGAGAAGCAUUCCUAUAGCUAGUAGCGGGAAAUCACUCUUCACUCUCUCUGGGCUAUUUGCUUUCUUAGGGCAUCUCCAGCAAUAUGGCCAAAUCCACUUUCUUCAUCUGCCUUAACCUUUCAUUACUCUUCUCUCUAGUCACGGCCACUUACUACUCAAGUUUAACCCCAACGCUUCUGGGUUUUCGCGAGGAGAAGUUCACCCACCUACACUUCUUCUUCCAUGAUGUCGUGACGGGCCCAAAGCCCAGCAUGGUGUUUGUCGCCGAGCCCAACGGGAAAGCGAAGGAUGCCCUUCCGUUCGGAACGGUGGUGGCGAUGGAUGACCCUUUAACCGUGGGGCCCGAUCAUGACUCGAAACUUGUGGGCAAGGCACAAGGAAUUUACACUUCAAUAUCGCAGGAAGAGAUGGGGCUAAUGAUGGUGAUGACGAUGGCGUUCACCGAUGGAGAGUUCAACGGAAGCACCAUCAGUGUUUUGGGGAGGAACAUGAUCAUGAGUGAACCUGUUAGGGAAAUGGCUAUUGUUGGUGGCACGGGGGCUUUUAGGUUUGCACGUGGCUACGCUCAGGCAAAGUUUUACUCUGUUGAUUUCACCAAAGGAGAUGCUAUCGUGGAAUACGAUGUAUUCGUCAACCAUUAUUAAGUCCUACGUACCCCUUUUAUAGUGGAAUACGAUGUAUUCGUGAAAUAGGUGAUAGCUGCUUAGAACACCUUGCAUAAGACUUAAAUUUCUUUGGGUCUUUGUUCUAAAUUCCCUAAUGUUAUUUUCUUGACAUUAUUGUUAGCUAGUCCCUCCCCCUGAUGUUUCCUUCUUAA